GCGAUCGAGGACGACGGCGUGCUCGCCAACGUGAACGCGCGCUCGGCGCAGCUCGUGUCCGGCCUCGAGGCGCUGCGCUCCAAGCGGGAGGGCGUCAUCGCCGAGGUCCGCGGCUGGGGGCUCCUCCUCGGCGUCGAGCUCACGGCAGAGUGCGGCUUCACCGCCGCGCAGCUGACCGCCGCCGCGAUGCGCAACGGGCUGCUCACCGUGCCCGCGGGCGAAAAGGUGCUGCGGCUGGUGCCGCCGCUCAUCGUCUCUGCGGAGCAGGCCGACCGCGCCGUCGGCAUCCUCGAUGCGUCGAUGGCGGAGCUCAUGGCUGGGCAACGGGAGUGA